ACCAACAGCUUUAAUCCAAUAAUUUUCGCAUAUGACAAAUUCGCGGAAUAGGAAACUUGUUUACUUAAAUAAACAGUUUACGUCAGUAUCUGUGAGGGCCGGUUGUUUAUCAGUAUAGAUUAGUGUGCAAGUUUCGGUAUUGGAUGUUGUUCCUCUGACAACAAAGACGAUAACACAACGAUCAGCCACAAAUUGAUCGCCACUUAAACGCUCCAAUCGUGUUUCAUUGUAGCACUAAGCUUUCUGCGUUCUUGCCUUUGUGUUGUAUUUUUAGUGCGUUUUAAAUAAAUUCGUGUGAAUGUCCUAAAUAAAUAAUGGGUAAAUCUCCAAAUACCUCUCUAUCAUUCAGGUACAAUGCCAACAAUGAGGAGUUAGAGGAGUUGUACCAUGUUUGUGAGGAUGACCCUCCUACUCCGCAGUGUGACCCUCCUGUUAGCACACCUGUUGAAAAUGCAAGUCCUAAAAGAGGGGAGAGGUCUUCAUCUAUCAUAGAUAAAUAUUUUAAAUCAAUUCGGGCCGAGAAGAUAGAAAAGCCUGAAGAAGUUAAACCAGUGGAAAAUAAACCAGAAGAAGUGAAGGGUAAGGAAGCUCCUAUACCUAAGGAAGUCACAUCUUCGCCUAUGAAGGAGUAUCUGAACCGACUGGGCAAGCGUAGUACACCAGAUGUGACUCCUGAUGUUAAGGAAGGUAGCAACGAAACAUGGAAGAUAUUCCACGACUUCAAGUUUAAAAUAGCUCAAGCUGUUGAAGAUAUGAAGACUCGCUCAGUAGAAGAGACUAAAGAAAAAUCAAUUCCAAGAGAAAAUUCGAUAUCGGACUCGGAGGAGAAUUCAGCAAUCAAAGAUUCAGAUCAGCAGAGUGUUGGAGAUACAGACAACCAGGUAUCUUCUCUAGACAGCAGUAUACAGAAUUUGUCAGAGAUGACGCAGCCUUUGACGGCUAAGGCGACUGAACGAGAUCCAAGUCUUCCUGUUGAUAGCAAGAAUCACUCGGAUUCCAGCGACGACACACACAAGAAUUUAGCUAUGUACAACGACGACUCAGCAGAAUUAAGAAGAGAUUUAUUAAAUGACAGCCUAAUGGAAGUGGAAUCAGGGAUUGAGGCUCUAGAAGACACUAUAGAUGGCUUCGGCGAUAUUCACAAUGUGGAACCGCAAAUAUCGAGUGGAAAGGACCCGAUACCACCGCCCCUAACACCGGCAAACUUUGGCUCGCCCCCAAGCAAAAAUGACAUGAAAGCUCCAAAAACCAGCACCAAUUCGAGUCACUUUUUCAACUUUUUUAUGUACUUCCUAACAUUCUUGAUUUUCAUCAGCUAUAUUCUGUUUCCUAAUUCGAAUAUUUGGAAUGGUUUCGUGCUCGGUCUAUGGUUCUUUUGUUUUAUGAGUAAUUUGAAGAACUGGGUGCUAGACACGUAUUUCAGUGACGCAGACAGUUCGAAACUCUAUCAACUGAGGCGAAGUAGCGCAAUGCCACCUUCUUAUACGAUACCUUCGGUGAAGGAACAUAGGCCUAUUAAGAAAUACGAGAGUUGGAUCAACCACUACAGGGUACCGGAUUACGACCCGGGAACAUACCACAUUAACAAAACUACGACGGCAUUUAUGAAGCUCGAAGGAUGUAAUUUAAGGAUAUCGUACACUUCCACUAAAAUACCGAAGAGGGCGCUUUGGGAUGAGAAAAUAGAAAAAGUGUCGUUCUACCAACAUAGGCUGUAUAAUUUGACUGGAGCACGAGUGAUAUUGCUGCCUAAAGGACUAGUUAAAAGGAGACAAUGGAGCAAGAAAUACCCAAUAUGUGUAAUACUAAGCGACAAGGAAAAGAUUCAAGUAUUAGAAAAAGAAAGUUCGACGGCGGAUAAGAAAGCAACGGAAGCCAGUUCUUCUGAAAAGAAGAAGGAACCACAACAGCCGCAACAUGAGAUGGAGACAGAGACUAGUACCAGCCCUGAGAAGAAACGCAAAUUUGUAUGGAGGAAACGAGAAAAGAGUAUUUCACAUACCGACGGCGAGACAGGCAAAGAGGGGCUCAGACAUAGGCUCGUUAGAAAGAUGCAUAGAGACAAGAAGACAGACACCGUCUCAACAGCAACGGAACCAGUGGAGACGCAAAGCCAGAGUCAAGUCAAAACAGAGAAGGCGCUGUACGUCGAUGACUCCUUCCAUGAUCAAGAGGUGGAACUCACGUCGCACUCCGUCACCAGCACUAAGGACGAUAACGAUGAGGAUAUUGAUGAAACUGAGCUGUCCAAGAUCAAGGAGUUCUUGGAGGAGACUGAACUGGACGGAGGAGCGGACGGUACGAGUGAAGGAGAGUGGAGCGUGCACGUUAAAUCAUCUACGGACAAGCACUCACACCUGUACCUGUUCGCCAGGACGGGACGGGAUAAGCACGAGUGGUAUCGUCGCUUAGUACUGGCUAUAAAAGAAGCCAACGCGAAUUCUACGGAGACGUCGAUGGCUGAGGACAAGACGGGCAGCGAGUCUGCAGAGAGUAAGGAUAACAUCGAGCUGGCUGUCUACAAACUCACUGAGAAAGAAACUGUUGCUUUCGCAAAAUCUUCUAGCAAAACUCCAGACUCGUUCUCAGAAGGAGGCGGUGUGACAAUCACGUCGAUGGCGCAGCCUAUCUCAUACGAAUCAGACUAUGAUAAGACUUUUUGGCCUUACCUCGUGAAAAUCAUUCAGAGCAAAAGUACGAUAGAGUGCACAUGCCGCAUGCUUCCGGCGGAAGUGACGUGGGUGAACACAAUAUUAGCUCGGAUCAUGUACGACCUCAUGAGGGAUCCAGAAAUGAUCAGCAAACUGCAGGACAAGAUACAGAGGAAACUUAAUACUCUAAAGCUGCCAUCGUUCAUGUCCCCGCUAGUAGUGACGGAGCUGUCCCUGUCAGGCGCGUGUCCCAUGGUGGAGCGCGUACUGCCGCCGGCGUGCGACGCGCAGGGCGUGUGGCUGGACGCCGACCUGCGCUACGACGGCGGCGCGUUCAUCGCCAUACUCACUCAGAUCAACCUGCUCAAGCUCAAGGAGAAAAAUAUAACACUAGAGGAGCAGUUGAUGGCAGCCAGCGACACUGGCUUGGAGAGUGACCUUCAGACCGAUGCCGGUUCCGGAUACUCGUCCCAGGCGUUACGGUUAAUGAAGCCUGCGAUAUAUGACUCCGAGGUGGAGGACUCUGCGGAGUCGAGCAGUGACGAUGAGAGUCCACAGGUGCAACCGGUGGACAGUAACGAGACUCUAGUUGGGUCUGAGUACGGUUCGAUAAAUAAUGCGCCCGAGGGGACGUCCUCUAAGAAGAAGUUCUUGCGCAUGGUCGACAAGAUAGCAACCAACAAAUACUUCCAACAGGUGACGGACUACAAGUACGUGAAACGUGCGAUGGAAGGUCUGUCGAACACAGACAUCAAGCUACACCUGGAGGUGCACGCCUUGGAGGGACGACUCGUCCUCAACCUGCCGCCGCCGCCGCAUGAUAGACUGUGGAUCGGGUUCCGUUCAAACCCGCAACUACUAGUGAAGGCCCGGCCGGCAGUGGGCGCCCGUACCCUCCGCUUCGCUCACAUCACGAACUGGAUCGAACAGAAACUCAGCAAAGAGUUCGAGAAGAUUCUAGUUCUACCAAAUAUGGAGGACAUCAUCGUUGACGUCAUGACUCCCACACCCGUGCAGUUCGAGUGAACUACGUACGUACAAAUAUAAUUCUUAUGUUCCAUGUAUAAAGAUGAAUUUUGAACUGAAGUUUUAUUAGCAAAUCUACAGAUUUGCACGUUAUGGUGGUGUUAAGCUACUUGUACGAGUUUAGACUUUAUUACGAUAGUGAAAAAGUUGAUGUUCUAUUUGACAGUUGAGGGUAGCUUGAUGUGCUAAUGUCUGUACACUGAAUGUAAUUAUAAAUUACGUUUAGUAUGUAAUAUUAUUUAAAUAUCUUAUUAACGUGUGUCUAACAGACUCAAAGAAGGUUUAUUUUGAAAGAAAUUGAAUCUGUUUGAAUAAUAUAAUGUAUCUGAUUUCGCUCAUUCAGGGUAUAAGUAAAUUAAAUUCUUAUGCGUAUUAUUUGUUUAGACAGAAAAUGUGUAAUAUUUAAACAAUAAAAAGUAUAUCAAAAGUAUUAUGUUUAUGAAAAAAGCUAAAUUGUUAUUUACAUCUUUCAAAUGCAAUAUGUACAUCGAUUUUACAAUAUUAUGUUUAACUUAAAAUUCGUAGAAGAUCGAUACGAAUGCAUAUGGUAUGUUAAUUUUUAUUAUUUCAACUAAACACCAACUAGUUUGAUUAUAAAGAAAAAUUUCUCAUUUAUUAAUGUUCUUGGUAAACUUUAUAAGAUAUAAUUGGGUUUAAUAAUUAAAUGGUAUUCCAUUUCAUUAAAAGAGUCGCGGUUAUGAAUAAAUUAAUAAUUAUAAUAUAAUAUCAUCUAAAUUAAAAUUUGCAAAAAUAUACAAAUCUUUAUUACAAUAUGAAUAGUAAUUAAACAAAUACUAUUCAAUAUCCAUGCUAAUAAGAAUGUUAUAAAAAUGUUUAGCCUUCAAUAAGUCUAUAAAAAAAUCUGUACUGGAACCAUGCAAAAAAGAAGAUUGACAUAGUCAAGUAAAAAUUCUAAAAAAACAUACUUAUACAUAGUUGUUGCAUUUUGUCUUUAUAAGUUUAUACAUACGGGGAUUGACGUAUUUUCAAAAUGUUUCAAUACACUGCAAAAACAAUAAACGAUUAUAAGUAACUCUCAUAAGAGACACUUAUACCUAUUUAACUCGUCGAGUACCGGUUUUGUAGACACAAUUAUAGAACAAUAGGUUGCGGUCACCGGUGACCGCUUGCUGUUUGACAGUUUAAAUUAAUUAAAUUUACAGUUUGCGUGUAAUUUCGGAAAACAUCUACUAAUUUCAAGACACACCGGGAUAUGAUUCACGGUAACAGUUAAAAAAGGUAAUUUCACGUUGAACUCCUUUGCAGUGUAGAAGGACAAAAUACCAUAAUACCGAGCACUCGACCUAAUUAAUUGAACAUGCGUAAAAUUACGAAACUACCACUUAUACAUACAAUGAUUAGUAUAACUAAAAAUAUAUGAAAAAUUAAAUUUAUUAUAAAAACACUAUGAUUGUCUAGUUUAAGAUAACACUAAAAUUAGAAUUAGCAUUUAAAGAGAUAGUUCUAUUGUGAAAUUUUCCUUUUCAAAUGUUGACAAAUUAUUAAUAUUAAUAAUAAUUAUCCCUUUGUACAAUACUUUAUACACGUUAAACGUUAAAAAUGUUAAUAAUAAAACAUUGCCUAAACAAGGCGCCAUGCUGUGUGCUAAACAACUUGUAGGAAUUAAUUUAUUUCGCAAUAUAUUAGUUUGGUCUUGAAUAACAUACCCCUUUCCGCAUUUUCGUUGAUUUCCCAGGCUUUUAGCUAAUUCAUUAAGGUAAUUUAUGCUAAUAAAUGCAUGUAUCUAGGCACUAUAUUCGACCUUAAGUGUCACUAGUAUCGCAUGCCAAGAAUUGUAUUUUACAUUUAAGAACAUUUAUUUAUGUAUAUUAUGUUGAUUUUAAUGUUUAUGUCCGUCGCCUCUGUAUUUAAUUGUAUUAUUUAUGCAUUAACUGUGAUGUAACGCUUAGUUAGAUCUAUUAAUAAACAUUUUAUUUUAUUAAUAUUCCAAAUAUAUUCGCACGAUAUUUCUGCUCUAUAUUACUUCGUUUCAACAUUUCCUCUAUUGCGUUUGAGGAAGUAAUGAGUUCAUCAUCAUCUAUAUCACCACUCGAACGAGCUUCCUCGCGUUACAAAAUAAAUAUUUUCGACAAUAAUUCCGUCUUAACCUGUUAUUUGUAGUUGCAAUAUCAAAUUUUUAUAAACGACAAGACUAUGAGAAAUUAUAAAGAGUUGUAUAACUAUGAGAAAUAAAUUAAUAUUUUGAAAAAUAUUGACCUGAGCGAUAUAAUUACGUACGUAGAUGUUAGAUCGUUAAUAUUUUUCUAGUAGUCAAUAGACUUUCUAAUGGUUUUUCUAUAUAGAAGUUUAUCUCGAAAGUAAUCGUUAUCUACAUCUCGGUGACAUUCUGUCAACAUUCUUUUCUAAAUUGGUCGCACAAUUAAUUCUUUAAUUGGCUUGCACUUAGCAUAAUGUUUACUUUAUGCAGUUAGUUAGUGUAUAAAACUGAUAUAUAGCAUUUUCACUUGGCAAGAUAGUAGUUCCUGCAAAGAUAUGUGCCCUCUGAAAUAAAAUGAACUGAAAUAUUUUAAGUAUUAAUUUAUUAAACUUUCCAUAUUCUUUUUUUCGCAUUUUGGUGGGCAAAUAUCUGACAUUGUAAUUAUAUGAAUGUAACUAGGUACUAUCUAGGGGCGCGCAAUACAAAUGGAGAUGGUUUGGAACUAUGAAGGCUGAACGUACUUUGCUCAUUGUGAUGGCGAAUGACAGUGGCGGUGUAUGCUAAAUUGUACGAAUUUAAUGUUUGUGAACGAGCGAGUGGGCUUCGGAUCCAAUUACCGAGUAAAUGAAAUAUGUCUCCUAUUACUCGGUAAUUUGAAUCCGUAACAUUUAGUACUGCUUAGCAUUAAUUCACUUUUGUAUUGCUACUAUUAUUAUAAAAUGUAUUCACAUGAAAUGCCAAAAAUGCCGUUGUAAUAAUAAACACUUGGUUUCUACUUACAUAUUUUGCAUAAAUAAAUGUAAAAAUCUUAUGAAUGUUUGGAUCAAUAUUGUUGCCUACAUCCACUGUUGGAUGGUUUGGACAAAUUCUAAAAUUAAUAUUAAUAUCGAUGUUUUCUUAAAUAGUGUAUGUAUGUUGUAAGUUUUUGUUUACUGUGCCACAAGUAGACACUCCCCGAACUAUGUAGUACACGGAGUUAUAUUGUGAAGUAUUUGUAAUAUACAUAUCAGGGGGCCUAGUACGAGUUCGUUUUACAUCUAAUGAGAUCGAAAUGUUAGCGCGUUCUGAUUGGCCUGCUCCAAUGAUCCAACCAAUGAGAGGGUUAAUCGCGAUAACGUUUCAACCUCGUUGAACGUAAUACAAACCCGUACUACGCCCUCAGUAAACGUUUUGUAAACUACGUACCUGUCUUUCCGUUUUAUAUGGAGUCUAGCAAUCGAUUCACAUGGAAAUAGUAUUCAGUAGUUACGGCAAACGGGUUGUAGUUGAACAUCUUUUAAUUUUGUUUCGUCCAUCGGUUGUUUAUUCUGUAACCGAUGUGACAAAAUAAUAAUAUUGUAAAAUAAUAUCUUAUAUUGCGUUACGCAUAUUAAUAUUAACGAUCCGAUCCAUAUUUUAUUUUUAUUUAUUUAAAUAAUUAUAUACAUAUAUUGUUUCGUUGUUAUUUUUUAUUUAAACUCGAAUGUAAAGGAUUAUUUGUUUUGUUUUUUUUAUUAUUUAAAGCUGCGAUCACGUAGUGGUUGGUAUGUUCACAAAGUGUACCAAAUACGGAUGAAUGUCUAUGUAUAUAGUCUAUCAAAUUAUAAAGUGUUUAUGUGAUAUUAUAUAUAGUUAAGAGUUAAACCGUGCCGAGUAGUUUUUCUAUGUGGUAUCAGUUGUGAUUUUUUCAAUAAACGAAUUGCUAUAUUCUAUUGUA